AUGUUGUUCCCUGACAGUGUGGCUGGCUCCGCCUCCUGCAGUGACCUAAUUUUGGCUGCGCCCACCACCCUGGGUCAGAAUUCCAGUGGUAUCCACAGAAUACAGGCACAACAGAGUACUGGCAUUGAAUACGUGGAGAAAUAUCGGCAGCUUGAGGCAGAAGAACUUGGUGCAUCUGGCAACAGUUGGCCUCCAUGUGAAUCAGCUCCACUUCAGCCAUCCCCAAAUGGAUCGGACAUUGUGGCUUGCAAACCAGUUGACAAUUACACAUACCCUAAUUUGCCUAUUUCAAGGUACAAAGAAGAGAUAAUUUCCUUGAUUGAAAACAACUCGGUAGUCAUUGUGCGCGGAUCUACUGGUAGUGGCAAAAGCACUCAGCUUCCUCAGUAUGUCUUGGAUCGCAGUAUGCAACGCUCUGUCUACUGCAAUAUUGCAGUUACGCAGCCCAGGAAAAUUGGUGCCAGCAGUAUUGCGAGGUGGAUCAGCAAGCAGCGGUCAUGGCCUCUGGGGGAGCUAGUCGGAUAUCAGGUUGGUUUAGAAAGAGUGGCAUCAAAUUAUACAAGAUUGACUUACGUGACGACUGGAGUUCUUCUUCAGAAAAUAGUUGGAGCCACAAGCCUUUCAGAAUUCACACAUGUCUUCAUAGAUGAAGUGCAUGAGCGCACAGAGGAGAUGGAUUUCUUGCUGUUAGUGGUUCGGAAGCUGUUGCACACCAAUUCGCGAUUUGUGAAGGUGAUUCUCAUGUCUGCAACCAUUAAUUGCCAAGAAUUUGCCAACUACUUUGCAGUUCCAGUUCGUGACAAGCUAUGUCCUGCCUACGUGUUUGAAGUGGAAGGCAAGCCCCAUGCGAUUGAGGAUUACUACCUUGACGACUUGAAGGCGAUUUUCGGUCACAUCAGGAUUCCCCAGAUGGUUGUGGAAGAACCACUGAUAUCCAAAGAGAUGUACCAAGCUGCAGUCAGUCUGAUCCAGUGGUUUGAUGAGCUGGAAAUGAGGGAGAGCGGGAUGGAAAAGCAGUCUUUUGAUCUUCUGUCGCAGCGAGGCAGCGUGUUGGUGUUCUUGCCGGGUCUGGCAGAAAUCAACUACAUGCACGAACUGCUUACAAAUAUGGUCCAUAGAAGGUGGGUUGGAAUCUGCUUUAGGCUUGGUGUAGAAUCCAAAGGAGAAGCCGCCCUGACCCAGUAG